AUGUCUGUGACUUCGACUAACGGCGAUGGCGGCUCCUUGCCGUUCGAUAUUUCCGAAUACCCGAAGCUGUCUCUAGAACAGGCAGGCCACCUCCGCCAUUUCUACAAUAUCAGCUCUGCGACGGAUGGAGAAUGGCCACACAUGGGCUCUCAGGAGCCUGCGCAAGAGUUCCUCGAUGCGUAUAGGUAUCAGCUUGCAACGAUGGUGUAUGCAUCAGGGCUGACACACUACCACCGCAUGCCUGUCAUGCGUGGCCUCUUUAAGCCCCUUAUCCGCCGCCUCAUUAAGAAAAUGCUGCAUCGGGACGUGUGGAAUUAUUGGUACCUGAGUUCCCAGUCAGGUAUUUUACUUGAUCCCGAUUUGAAAGAGCUUCGUCGACCGUGGGCAGACCCAGUUGUCCGAGAGAAUAUCAUGUAUAGUGGCCACCUGCUUCUCAUGACGAGUCUCUACGCUAUGUUAUUUGAUGACGACGAGUUCGAGAAACCGGGAAGCCUGACUUUCGAGUGGAAACCACUAUUUUGGGGAAUGGGUCCGGAGACAUAUGUCUAUGACAAUCGGAGUUUGCAACAGGCCAUAAUAAAGGAGAUGGAGCGAAAUGGUUGGGUUGGCGUUUGCUGUGAACCUAAUCUGGUCUUUGUUGCGUGCAACCAGUUUCCGAUCAUUGCUAUGCGCCUCAAUGAUGCACGUGAUGGUACUAAGGUGGUAGAUGAAGUUCUUAAAAAAUACAGGGCCGCCUUGGAGAAGAAGGAUAUGAUUUCUCAGCAUGGUCUAUUCAAAGAUUGGAUCAGCGUAAAACAGGGUCAUACAGCAACUGCCCAAAGUGUGGGCCUCACGGCUUGGGCUUCUGCGUUUAUGAAUACGUGGAAUUCGGAAUUUGUCCGCGCUGGCUUCGAAAAUCAUGCUGUUGGGUUCAUCACAAACAUCGACGGACAAGUUGAGCUUCAACAUCCCAUGGUCGCAGGUGCUUACAGGGCAGCUCUGGCUCAAGGAGACGCAGCCAAAGGCCCAUCCCAAGUUCUACAGGGCGCGCGUGAGUUCUAUAAAGCCAAUAAGUCGAACAUCAACUUUCCAUACAACGAGCCAACUUUCGGGUAUGUUGUUAAAUGGCUCUCGGAGUUGGGAAAGGCAACAGAACUAAAUGGAAUUCUUACAUACGCUGAUAAACACCUCCAACCAACCUGGGAAAAUGGUGGUCUUUACUAUCCUCGGAAUGACCAAGCAACUGAUAAUGAAGGUCGCUGGACUCACAUGGACCCCUUCUCGGGUAACACUGCUAUUGGCUACUCGCGGUUGAAUGUCGAGAAUGGCCAGAAGAAAAUCUUCGAGGAGCCUUGGACAAAGGAGACACUGGCUAGUCGUCCAUACGUGGAUGGGCUGGAUCUCUCACAGGGCGUUGAUUGCUUGCGAGGAUUGUGGGAUCAGGAUCGCAGCGCCCUCGUUGUCACCGUCCGUGAAUGGCCUGGACAAGGGGCUAACAUCAAGUUUAGGGUCGAGAAUCUCUCAUCUGGUACCUGGACCGUUUAUACUUCCCAGGGGCGCUUCGAUGAGCAUGAGGUCCUCAGCGGGGGACAUAUUGCCGUAGAUGCGAUUCUUAAAGCAAAGGAGGAGGUUGAUUUUGUGGUUGUCAAAGGUGUUUAGUGUAACAAGCCGAGAAAUUAUAAUCACUAAGCAAUAAGAAAGAAGCCCGUGUAAUCUAU